UUUUUGCCCCCAAUUAAUGAUUUUGGUCCAUUCGUACGAUUUAAUUAUCCAUGAAAUUAUUCCAAGUAACACAAUAUGAGAUAAAUCCUACGAAUAAUCUGCUCGUGAAAUUUUCUACGCGUGACAAUAGACUAGAACAAAUCUUUGGCUCAAGAAUUGGCGCCAAAAAGAUACAAUAGUAUUUCAUGCUACGACAAUCUUAUUUUAUAAUUGUACAAGAUAUGUUUCACAAUAAUUAUGCGUUAUCUGUUAAUAUGCUACUAUGAAAUUCAUGAAUUUGCAAAUUUUCUAUUUACGAAAUAUAUUAUUUGUAAUUAACUUUUAACUCAAAAUGAAAAUUAUGUCAUUAAUUAUUAAUAUAAUUUGGUGUAGCAGCGUCAAGAAAAAUCCAAAUUCAUGAAUAAUUUUAUGUUAAUUUCUGAUUUAUUGGAUUCACUUGUAUAAUAUUACGUGUCUGCUCGUUGCAAAAUUUCUAGUCGACUUUGUUGUUAAAUUUGAUAUCAUUUUUUCAUCUUUAUGUUUUUUAGCUUGACUCCAAAUAUUUUUCUCUCGGGGUCGAUUAUUAUUCGUUAUCUAUUUCAUUAAAAAUAUUCAUUAAAUGCAUUAGAAGAACAAGCUCGAAUAUUGAGAAUUAUUAAAAUUUUUAUCCAAACACAGAAGGUUUUUUUGUUUUAUGUGAUUAACUGCAACGACAUAAGGAAGAAUAUUUUACCGCUUGAAAACCAACAAGAAAAACUUUCGCGUUUAAAGACCUAUUGUUCUUCAAUCGCUUAUGCGUGUUGUGUGACUGUUUACACCUGUACAUAUGCGCGUUCGACUGUGAGAAAGAGGUAAUCGUCACAUUAUAUUGUUGAAUAUUAAAAUAUAUCUAUUUGAAAAUUGAUUAACGUAAUAAUUAUAAAUUGUAAUAUAAUUAUAAAUUAUUUUAUUUAAUAAAACUUUUGAGAAAACUAGCUCAUCUUACAAUACAAGAUAGUUUGCUCCAUUUUAAAAGUAAAAUUGGUCUAGUUAUGUUAGUACUUUGCGAAAAGUUUCAUGAUCUUUGCUUCAUGAUAGUUUGUGAUUUUAUGGGCCGGACAAUAGGUGCAAAAGUAGUCCGCACUCCUUACAAGGACGACUCAUGGGCGGCACGAGUGAAGGAGGUGGAGGAGGAAUGUGGAUUUAUUUAAGUCCCUUGCCGUCGGGUUGACAAGAGUAGAGCCGCGUAAACAUACUCGUUUCUCCUUGUUCAGUCGUGGCCGUGCAACGUCCCGUGGCGAAGCAAGGCGUCGCGACGUAGCUCGCUAGAUCGUUCGUACGCCGGUGAUUCCCCGGUGGUGAAUAGAGGGGACGAAAGGCGUCGCGACGUCGAUGGGCACGUUCAGAAAACACCACCGCCCGCGUGCCAAGCGCUCGCAACCAAUCGCCGACGGUCGAGCAGCCCGUGAGCCCCGCCCCUAGGCCAACGAACCAUCUCGCGAUUGCUCCGUUUCAUCCGAAUCCGCCCACGUCGGCUGGUGGGGAUAGCGUUGCUUUCGGUUUUCCUCACCAGAGGGGGAGUCGUGACAGAGCGGAGUGGAGAAGCCCGCUGAAGUGGUGUGAGUGGUGCCGAGUCAGUCGCAGACUGGAGUGCCCUGUGAGAGCAGGGGACGGACCGAACGAACGAACGAACUGUGAGCUCCCUAUACCUAACCGGUCGUGACGCUUCGCUCGCCUCUCUGUCCGAAUGUCCGUCCCGUUCCUUCGGUGUUGUCAACCUGAUACCGCUAUCACGUUUCGGUGCUGCGUCCCGUGUUGUCAGCUGUUUUCAUCACGCGACGUGUCGCUAGUCGCGAAUCAUUCUGUGCCGCAGCAGGAAGGAGACGAGUCAUCCCCGGUGUCGCGCAUCUACGCCGACCUCGUUGCUCGUCGCUCUACUGUGGGGCGGCAUCAAGGCAGAAACUCAACAGGAUUGAAGUGCGCGUAAUCCGUAUAAAGCGGCGCGAUGACACCACGUUGACGAGUCGAACGUGGCUGAAGAAGAAAAAAACGUGCGUCAUGAGGCCGAUCACGGCCGCCCAGGACUUCGGGGCAGCCUGAUGGCACUCCUCGCCGGCGGACGUUCGUCGCGCUCCGUUUUCUCAUUUCGUUUUCCCUAUAUGUCGCUACGAUAUUGUCGCGCGUAGAGAGACUCAGUGAGAAAGAGGGAGAGAAAGAGAGAGAAAGAGAGAGAGAGAAAGAAAGAGAGAGCGAGAGAGAAAGAGAGAGAGAGAGAGAAAGAGAGAGGGAGUGUAGUGCGUGCAGAUGCGUUUGUGCCCUGAUCCUCUUUGGUUCCGCAAUAUAUUCAGAGAGGAAAAGACGAAGGCCUGCACGUAGACUCAACGCCCGCAGACUCUCUAGGCAUGUCAGCGUACGCGCAAUUCGGAUACUCGACGUAUCCGACGGCAUCCCAGCUGCUGGUGAGCGGCGGGCAACCGACAACGGCGACGUCGCCGGCGAUGUCGGGGGGUGCGUUGAGCCCGGGUGCCCUGUCGCCUUCGUCUACGGCGACAACGACGACGGGGGUCGGGCCCUCGGGUACCGGCGGCGCCACGACCCCCGUAGGUGGUGCCGCCACCGGGCCCGGCUGUUGCGAGAACGGUAGGCCGAUGAUGGCGGAUCCCAUGACGGGGCAAACGGUGUGCAGCUGCCAAUACGACAACGCCGCGAGAUUUGCGUUGACCACUUAUCCUCGGAUACCCACCGCGACAUCCUACUCCUCCUACCCCACGCCGACACCCUCCACCACUGACCAGGGGCCUUACCCCAGCAUCGGCAUGGAUAGCUCUGCUUUCUACUCGCCUCUGGGUAAUCCGUACGGGCUGAAGGACGCGACGGGAAUGGGCAUGACGGCGGACAUGGGUGCUGCCUGGGGCACGGCCGCCCUUCAACCUGCCGCCACGGGUUACUACCCUUACGAUCCAACCCUGGCCGCCUACGGGUACGGCGCUGGAUACGACUUGGCCGCGCGGCGGAAGAAUGCCACGAGGGAGUCGACGGCAACCUUGAAGGCUUGGCUGAACGAACACAAGAAGAACCCGUAUCCGACGAAAGGCGAGAAGAUUAUGCUGGCUAUCAUCACAAAGAUGACGCUGACCCAAGUCUCGACUUGGUUCGCGAACGCGCGAAGACGUCUCAAAAAGGAGAACAAGAUGACCUGGGAACCGAAGAACAAGACGGACGACGAUGACGACGCGGUGCUCACCGAUUCUGAGGAUAAUAAGGAAAAGGACGAUCUCGCGUCGGACAACAGGGGCGACCGGGUCGGCGAGGAGGCGAGGCGGGGCCUCGACGAUACCGAACCAAUGAGACAUGUAAAAGCGGAACUUCUACAGCAUGAGAAGGAUCUCGACGAUGAGGACGAGUUAGAUCUUGAAGACGACCGCCGACGGAGUGAGCACCCCUUUCACCACACGAUGCAACAUCACCAUCAUCACCACCAAGGUUACGGCGGUGAGGAUCAUCUGAAGGAAGAGGGUAUCAAGUCAGACUGUAGUGCGGGCGUACCGAUUCCCGCGACGAAACCCAAAAUCUGGUCCCUAGCGGACACGGCAGCGUGUAAAACGCCUCCGCCGCCAUCGCAUCCCCACCAUCAACAGUAUCAUCAUCUGCAUCAUCAGCAACAUUAUCCUCAGCAGCAGCAGCAACAGCAGCAACAUCACGUGCCCAAUCAAGGACAUCAUCAUCACUCGCAACAGCCAUGGCUGGGUCCAGGAGGAGCGGGAAGUGGUGCCGGCGGCGGUGGGGGCGGUGGCGGGGGUGGAGGAAACCUGGGAAGUUCGUUCGCUUUGCCCUCCUCGGCGGGGAUGAGCCCGUCGGCGGCGGCGACGGCGCCCUAUUCGGGCGCUGCCGCGAGAUACGGUGGCUUCCUCUCGUCCUCAUCCGGCGGCCAGCUCCAUUACAACCCCAAUUCGUCGUCGGGCUCGAGUUCGAGCGCAUCCUCCUCAGCGGCGGCGGCGGCGGGGUUUCCAGAAGUUGGCACGGACACUCCACCCCAGACGCCGCCCAACAUGAAGGUGGCCACGCCGAACGGAGUGAUCCAGGCACCGCCGGGCGGUUACUGUCCUGGUGGCAACGCCGCCAGUGCCACGACUAAUGGCAAUCCUAAUAUCCCCUAUGGCGCGAAUCAUCCCGGUGGCGGUGGUUAUCUGUCGACGAGCUCGGGCUCGGUUAGCAGUGCCUCGUCUUUCAAUUCUCGGCUACAGAGCUCGCCGCAUAAGGAUUUCUCGCCAGUCGGUCAGAAUUCCAUUCUCCAUCAACAUCAAACCACUGCCAGCUUGCCACCCACGGAAGCUACUACCGCAUUUAAACCGUUUUACAAAGGCUCGCAGUCGAUGAGUAGUGGCUUCGUCUCGCCGGUUUAAGAGGCCAAUGCUGAGGUCCAGAAAACAAGAUAGUCGUCUUUCCCAAAAAUAAAGCGGCGCCGUUGAGGGAGGAGAGGUCCUGUGGCCGGACUGUAAAUACGCGCUCCUGAGUGGUCUCGGGAUUUAUUAGCGUUAUCUCGACUUCACGUCAGAGGCGAAGAGAGAGAGAGAGAGAGAGAGAGAGAGAGAUAGAGAAAGAAGUUACGAAGCGUAAGAAGCGGGUAGAGGCAGUCAGUCAAGCAGGAAGGAAGAAGGAAGGGCGGAAGGAAGGAAGGGAAGAGAGGAAGGUGGCCGACUCUUCGAGAUACAUAAAUCGUUCCCCGACCUCUGGAAGGCGCGACUUGGAAAAGACGUAUGAGGGGGGGGAGGGGUGGUGGAAGAGGUCGACUGUGCGCGAAGCAGGAGUACGCGAGAGAGGAGGCGGCUUAGAGGAGAUUUAGGAAUUAGGAGAAUUACGUCAAAGUGCCUGCUUACGCACGGCUACGUACGGCGAAGCGACACCGGGGGCCGGGUAAGAAGAAAGUAUAUGGGGGCCGAGCGCGCGCGGGAUUUAUGUCCGACGCGUUCUCCUCCUCGAGGAGAGGAGUGCCGCAACCGAGAGCUGCGAGAGCCGCCAUAUUUUUUCGAUCGGUACCAUGCAUCGACCGCUCUGGCAAGAAGAUGGGUUUACGGGGGAGGUGAGGGGCAACGUGUUGCGUCACCCCGUCGAAGCCGCUGAAGCAGGCUCGAGUGAGAGGAAGAAAGGGAGAAACGGGGGUUUUUCAAGUUACCCGCAGGCUCGCGAGUGGCCGAACGCGAACUUUCCGCGAUCGUCUUCGAUGUUCGGAUGUACCGCCGGUGUACAUCGCCCUCACACGUACACUCACACACGCACACACAUACACACGUAACCGUGAGUCCAUAUUUUUCUUUUGUUUUUUUUUUUUUAGUCAAUAAUAUGUUUCAUUGCCGGUCGUUCGUCGCGACGUCUCGGGAUUUUCGGAGCACGGCACUGCGCGUCGCCGAUUUUGUAAAUAUAAAGGACGAGCAAAUGCCAAUCGUUUCUCCAGAAUCCCUCAUCAGUGGCACUGAAGAUCGUAUACGUGUAUACAUGUACAGUACCUCCGGCGGAAAGGGCGGAAUCGUUUGAGGUGUCCCGCGUGUCUCGGCGGACGGAACGACGCGCCACUUCCGAGAUCGCGAUGAUACCAAUCACGUAUUAUAACACAUGGGCAACGUGCAAGGUAGCGCUACUUUUCCUCGUUACGACGUAACGGGGUCUUUCUUAACGGUCGUCGCUCGAAAUCGGUCAUUUAACUCGGCAGAGAGAGACGGAAAGGGGGGAAGUUUCGACGAAGAGCGGGGAGCGCUCGAGCGAAUAUGAUACUUUCGAUCGGGUCGCGCGCGGCACGAAUAUCGAGAGGGAAUGAGAAAGAAAGGGAAUGAGAAAAGAGAAACACUCGAUCUACCUGUUGUAGGUUUAAUAUGAAAAUAAAGGGGGAAAGACAGAUCGCGUAGCGCAUUACAAAGCUACUAUCGUUAAACUUACCACUAACUCCUUUAAUUAUCCGAAUGAAAUAUUAACGUAUACCCGAAUACCCGCAUAUAGAGAUGGAAUGAUAAAUAGUACACCUACGAAUUACACAUACAAACACAGUGACACGCAAGUAACUCUAGGCCGUAGAUCUUAAGGCUGUACCUACUACAUCACGAAAUUUUAUCGGGGUGACGCGUCUCGAGAAUUUUUUGCAGACAAAGGGAAAAAGGGAGAGAGAGAGAGGGAUCCUCGCCGCGGAGUAUACGUCGAGUAUAUUAUAAGUAUAAAUAAGUAUACAUGGGCGGCGAACAAUAAUACUGACAGCGAUGUGAGAGAUAAGGUGAGAAGUUGAAUAAUAAUCGUUAAGGAUCAAAUUCGUCCCUUUUCCGCGCGACAACCGUGCACUCGCGCAUCUCAGGUCAAGCCGGGACAACGGAGACGCAAAUUUACGUAUACUUAGUAUCAUUUGUCCUAGUACAUGUUACAUUUGAUUGUUGCCUAAUACUAUAUUUUAUUGCAUUUCUUGCAAUUAUCAAUUUCUUUUAUGAACAUUUUUAAGUUUGUUGGUAGGUAAUCGCAUUAAUCAGCGUUUUACUCUUUAAGGGAGAGAAUAUUAUGAUUUUGCUCACAAUUCCUAGACGAGAGGAUACGAGGACAUUGUGGAUGCGUGAAGAGCGAAAAUGCGGCGUGCACGGUACUCGAAACAAAAAAAAAUUGUUGAUAUUUUUUUAUAUUAUAUGUAUAUCGCGCGGGUCGUCCCUCUUUUCGCGGAAUCUUGCGAUGUAUUCCGAGGGACGCACGACAUCAUUGUCUUGCGCAAAUCGCGAACGACUGUCGGGCCGCAUUUUGGAAAAAAAAAGAAAACGAAAAAGUGAAGAAAGGGGAAGUCGACUAUUAUUUUGUACUUUGGCGUAAAUAUAAAUAAACGAGAGCGUGCGCGAAUCAUCGCCGGCGGUGUUGAGGGGGAGCGUGUCGAAUGGAACUUGUACAUUGUUUUGUAAAGAAUACAUUUAUUUAUAUCUGUGAUAACGGGAGAGUUCAACGGAGGAAGAAAAAAAAAAGAGUGGAAGCGAUAACAUAAGGCGUUUGCAGUAUCGGUAUACUCUGACGAAGACGGUCGGUGCUCGUGCAUUCGUUGACACGUAUAUCAUAGUAUAAUUAUAUAGAUAUGAUAACAUUUUUUUGUAAAUAAUCAGAGAGGUAUAGAAAGAUAGAGAGGAAAGAGAGAGAAAGGGAAACAAGGGUAGAGUGUACCGCUUUGCGGACGAUUCUAAUUAACGAAGGC